UGCGGGGCUCGGUAGCCAUAUUUGUAAAGGGCAAGGCGCCGCUGGCAAGCUGGCCACUUAGUCUUUUCACGCGUUGUUUGCCACCCGAAGGGUGUCCUGAGUUAUGGCGGCUGCUGCGCCGCCGACGCCGCACGGGACUGGCUUCCCAGCGGAGGGUCGAUGUGGUUACUAUGUGGAAAAAAAGAAGCGGUUCUGCAGGAUGGAGGCCGCGGCCGGGAGACGGUUUUGUGGCGAACACGCUGGAGCCGCGCAGGAAGAAAAUGCUAGGAAAAGAAUCCUGUGCCCUUUAGAUCCAAAACACACGGUAUAUGAAGAUCAGCUAACACGACAUUUGAAAAAAUGUAACGCAAGAGAGAAGCCAAAGCCUGACUUCUUUAUUGAAGAUAUUAAUGCAGACUUAGAAGAUGAAACAGAAAUACCUGAGCAAUUAGUUCCAAUUUCUUCUCUCUCUGAAGAGCAGCUGGAAAACUUAAUAAAGAAAUUGAGAAAAGCAAGUGAAGGUUUGAACUCUACACUUAAAGAUCAGAUAAUGUCUCAUCCAGCACUAUAUGAUGCCCUUAAUGACCCUAAAAAUGGUGAUUCUGCAACAAAACACCUGAAACAGCAGGCUUCUAUUUUAGGUAACAUUGAAAAAUUAAAUUUACUUGGUCCAAGAAGAUGCUUUGUUGAGUUUGGAGCAGGAAAGGGAAAAUUAUCACACUGGGUUGAUACUGCCUUAAAAGAUGCUGAUAAAGUUCACUUCAUCCUAGUGGAAAAAGUGACCACAAGAUUCAAGGUUGAUGGCAAACACAGGAAAAAAAAUUCAGUGUUUGAAAGACUUCAAAUUGAUAUUCAACACCUAUGUUUGAACAAGGUCCCUCUGCUGAGCAAAGAAAAACUACCUCUGGUAGGAAUUGGAAAACAUUUGUGUGGUAUGGCAACAGAUCUUGCAUUACGAUGUUUGAUUGAAACCUAUGCUGCCAGUUUUGAGGAAAGGAAUGAAGAACCUUUAGCCAAACGCAUAAAGAAUGAUAAAACAGAAAAAGAAAUUAACAAUUUAACCAAUGAAGGAAAUGAAAAAAAUGUCCCAGAGAAGUGGACUCCUGUGGCUGGCAUUGUUAUUGCACUCUGUUGUCACCACAGGUGUGAUUGGAGACACUAUGUGGGCAAAGAGUAUUUCAAGGCUCUAGGCCUUGGAGCAGUAGAAUUCCACUAUUUCCAGCGAAUGAGUAGUUGGGCAACUUGUGGAAUGCGGAAAACAUCUUCAGAAGCCUCAAAUAUUACCACAACUAAAAAAGAUCAUCAGAGUGAUGAUAAUGAAGAGCAUGAUGAUGGGGAUUAUAGGAUCACAGAUGACAACACUAAGAGUUUGCCUGGGUUUCUAACUGUUGAAGAAAAGAAGAAACUAGGACAACUUUGUAAAUUGCUGAUUGACCAAGGCCGAAUUGACUAUUUACAACGGAAGGGAUUCUGUUCCUCUCUGCAGUACUAUAUAGAUCCUGUAGUGUCUUUGGAAAAUGUAUUGCUAACUGCUUUACCAAAUCAUUCUUCAUCACCAGAUAUAACUGUUUAAUCGAAAAGAAAUUUUAAACAUGUCUUCCACCAAAUAUAUGCAUACAUAGGAUAUUUCCUAUUUUAUUUUUAUAAUCAUGAGAAUCUAAUUUUUUUUUACAUCAGAAAUACAAACAUCAGGCAGUUUGCCAAAUUUUCAAAUAAUUCACUUCUGCAGGCCAUCUUGAAUUAUAUUAUCCAUCAGUAUUUAUAGAUGUUGGCAAAGUCGUCAGUUGAUUUGGUUAUCUGAAACACAUAACAUACCAAUACAUAACUAAUAUAGUAAUUUUCUGUUGGCAUUAAUAUUGGAUUCUGUUUUCCUUCCGUUUUACUUAAUACUUUUUAUUUCUCAAGUUCAAGGUAAAGUCAGUUGUCAAUUCAUACAUAACAAGAACCAAUCUAAAACUUGACUUAUUUUCCUCCCCAUACAAAACCGGAAAGGAUUAUUAAGUAUGAUUUUUACUAGUGCAAACAAAUUUACAGAUGUUCAUACUCAAUGUAUUCACCUUCAGAUUUUGAGAGCCAUACCUAUAUUGGCAUAUUAUUAGAACUUGUCCAUGGCAUAUACCGAAAACUAAGUGGAUUUUUGUUAAUUAAAUAUAUAACCAUUUAUUUCUCAUCUUUCUUUAAAUACAAGAUAUAUACACAUGACAGGAAAAGAGAUGAUUCUUAAAUGUUUCUUCAAGUUCAUUGAAUCACAUCCUUGACUACAUAAAAAGACCUUCACUUAGUGGUCAUAUGCGUUUAGAUAGAAUAAUCUCCCCAAGAGGGCAUAGAUUAUCCAGUGUUAAAGUGCAUUACCUCAAGUAAAAAUAUUGAGAAGAAUAGCAUAAAAUACUCUAAUUUCAAAGUCAUAGUUUCACUUUUUAAAUGCAUGACUAUCGAUUCAUUUAGAAGCAAGCAUGUUUCUCAAAUUGAUUCUUUCUAGAUUUAUUUUUUUCAAAUAAAUCACUAUUACUUGCUCUUA